CGGACAGGCCGGACCGGCCGGGACCGGACCGAGGUGCGAGGCCGCCCCGCUCGGCCCGAAGCCUCCCGGACUCCGGCCUGUCCUGCGGGGGGAGGGAAACUGCGGACCGGCCGCGGGCAGCCGCCGGACAUGGCCGGAAGACAGUCGCCAGCCCGGGUGGCUUUCGAGGAGGUGGCCGUCUAUUUCUGUGAGGAGGAGUGGAGGGUACUGUCGGCCAGGCAGCAGCGGCUUUACAAGGAUGUGAUGAGGGACAACUACAGGGCCCUGCGCUCUCUAGGUUGGGCUGAGACCAAGCCAGACCUCGUGUUCCAGAUUGAGCGAGGGGAAGAGCCGUGGGCCCGGGCUGCCCUGAGCUCAAGGGCAGGAGCAAAGUGGAAAUACUUCUCUCCAGGCUCUGAGGCCACCUCCUUGCCCACAUUCUCCUCAACUUCAUUGGAGCCCUCGUCUGACAACCCACUUCUACCAGGCUUCCUCCAGCUGCACCACACUUCUUCCAGCUGCCCAUGGGCCCAGGAGGCAGAGCUGCAGUGCCAAGAAGAGCGAGGAAGCACCAGUAAGGAGGCAGAAGGAGAAGAGAGCCUCCCCUUGGACAGGACUGUUCCGGAUGGGACAGGGCCCAGGAACAAGGACACUGGGGACAAGCUGUCUUUGUCUGGAGCUUCCCAGGCUUCAGCCCUAGAAGCUGAGCAGAAAGAACCCUUGACUUAUGGCCCAGGCGGCUCAGGGUCCUGCGGAGGGCUUGGAACAGACUUGACCCCUGAGCCCGCACUCCAGAGAGCAGAGGGCCCGGAACUUCCAGCGCUCCAACGGCAGGCUCAGAGCCUGAAGGAGAAUAUUGGCAGCAUAGUCCAGGAGCUGAGGACAGCGAGACUCCACCUGGCUAGCAUAAGGAAUGCCCUGCUGAUAUGGUCUUCCCAGUUCCUCUCCCUUCCUAUAAAUGCUCCGGACCCGUAAGUAACUCUGCCCGGCCAGCUCUCUGUGGAGGCUAGGGCUACAGAACGGGUGGGAGCCCAAAACCCUGGUCAAAACACAGUUAACAGAGAAAUCAUGGGGCAAGUAAAAGGCUGAAACAGACUGAGCGUAGGAGUUCCCCUUUGGAAGGCAGUCUUCUUCGGUCUCAUUUCCUGUUCCCUGACUACCUGCCCUGAGUGUCCCAGGAGAGGAGCCCAGCCAGGCCCCUAACCUGCACAUUGAGGCCAUACGGACAGCAGAAGUCCUGUCCAUCACCUGGGACUGAAAUGGCUGCUGCUAGCAGUGUGGGCUGCUUGAGUUGUCAUUUUUAGCUGCUGACACAAUCCUAAUGUGAAAUAUGACUUAGUAAGGACUGCAAGAACCUUGAACUCUAUGCACAAUAGCGAUUACUGUUCCUUGAGGGCCAGGGAGGGUGCGGAGGAGAAGGGAAUAAUAAUAAUUGUGGUAAUUAAGCUCUUACUAUGU